AUGCAUGCAGAACACAAUCAAGACACAGUGCUCCGGGGUCCACCACUCACAUCCCCUCUCUUCUCACCUUACCUUUUCCCUCCCUGUUUUCCCCUCCCCGCAUCACUUCUCCUCAUCCAUCCCUUCCCUUCAUCUCCCCACUCCCUGACAGGCCCUCUUUACAGCGCUCACCUGUCCUCUCUGUCGUCCUCCAUCCACUUGUCUCAUCCCUGGCAGCUUCUCCUAUCAAGCAGCGGGCGGGUCACCAAGACAGAAAGGGCGCGCAAGAUACUGAGGCUGCUGGGCAACGGCCUGCCGCUCUCAGAGGGGUCUCUGUGGGCGCGGCAGCGCCGCAUCAUCAACCCCGCCUUCCGCCCCGCUGCGAUCAGGCUGCAACAGCAGAGCCAAGCAGCAGCAACAGCAAAAGCAACCGGACAAGGCAUGCCAUCAGCCACGUCCGGUGCCAAGGAGGGGGAUAGGGAGGGAGCGCAGGAGGGUGCUUAUACCGAGCGUGCUUAUAAGGAGCGUGUGGAGCUUGCUUAUAAGGAGCGAGCGUGCAUGGAGGUGGACGUGCAGGAGAGCAUCUCUCUCGUGGCUCUGGAUAUGAUUGGCCUCGCUGCCUUUGGCUCCGCUGUCAUGCACGAGGGGGGCGAUGAGGAGAGGAGAUGGAAGGAAGGGGGGGAAGGGGAGGAAAAGGGGCUAGGGAAGGAGGGUGGAACCACGGCAGUGAAGGCAGAUACGGCUGCAGCGGCAGCAGCACAAUUACUACCAGCAACAGCAGCAGCGGGGGGGGUAGGGGCACCGGACCCAGUGCAGGUGUACAAGGCGUUGUCGAGGCUGGCCGAGCUGGAUUCGAAGAGGGUCACUUCCUGGCGCUCCCUUUGUGCCCUUCUAUGA